UGCACUAAGGUUAUGCACGUAUUAAUUAAAAUGAAAUGGAAUAAAAUGAUAUCAAGUUCAUUAUAUAGUUAAUUUAAAAGAAGAUAAUUCUUUUUCUUCCUUCUCCAAUUCAUUGUAUGUGAUGAAAAUACUUUUAUGGAAUGUCUAAAUAAUCAAACAAAUUUUUCAUUCGAUCUCAUUUUAUUUUACUUAAUAUUAUAUAUUCAAACAAUCUAAAUGGCUAAACUUUGGCGAAUGUCAUUGUAGGUUGUGCAUCACGAAUCGUCCAUCCAUUAGAUUUUAUAAAUUGUUCCUCAAAUUACUUGGCGCUGAACAUUAAACUAAUGCAUGUGUCACUCAUCAUGAAAUAUCGUUCAAAAGCUCUGGCCCAAGAAUCGUGUAUUCAUAGGAUAGGGUCGGAUUCAUUGUCUCCUUAGAUUUCAUUUUUUCUUUGAUUUGAUGUAGGUUGAAAAUAAGAUAUGGUGUUAAAAGAAUGAUGCUUUUAUUUUAAAAGUAAAUUGAAGAAAAGAAGUGAUAUUCUUUAUAUUUUGUCAGUUUUAUUUUAUAGAAACGUGUCCUAGUGAGAAAAUAGCGACAGUCAAAGAUUCUGUACUGUAGCGACAACCGAAAACAUAAUAAAGGCAUGGCUGUGGAGGCAAGGUGGUACAAAAUCUUCCAUUCAAUUCAACUUGAUUCAGUUGACUUUUGUAUUAUUCGUAGAGAAGUGAUGGCAAAACGGUGUGAGGUAGAGAUAGUAGGUAAACCUGUCCAAGAGCUGGUGUUGAAUCCUGAAAAUCUGCCAAAAAAUUACACGUAUGAUGAAGGUGGUGCUGGAUUUCGUGAUGCUCUUGUGCCGUCACAGGACGAGAAUAUUCCCGUGGUCGACAUCCACCGCCUCUCAUCUCCAUCCACAGCACAACAAGAGCUUGCUAAACUUCACCAUGCACUCCAUUCAUGGGGCUGCUUUCAGGUAAUAAACCAUGGAAUGGAAAGCUCAUUUCUCAAUAAAGUGAGAGAAAUUGGAAAGCAAUUCUUUCACCUUCCAAAGGAAGAAAAGAAAAAAUGUGCGAGGGAACCAAACAAUGUUGAAGGAUAUGGCAACGAUAUAGUAUAUUCACAGAAACAUAGGCUUGAUUGGACUGACAGAGUAUACCUAAAGGUGCUGCCUGAAGAUCAGAGAAAUUUCAAAUUUUGGCCCCAAAACCCCAAUGACUUCAGGAGUACUGUCCUACAGUAUACCGAAAGCCUAAGGCUGCUAACUGAAGUAAUCCUUAAGGCCAUGGCAAAGUCACUGAACUUGGAAGAGGAUAGCUUCCUAAAUGAAUGUGGUGAGAGAGCUGCUAUGUUUCUGAGAUUCAAUUACUACCCUCCAUGUCCAAUGCCUGAUCAUGUUCUUGGCCUGAGGCCUCAUGCGGAUGGAUCCACCAUAACUUUUCUGUUACAAGAUAAACAAGUAGAAGGCCUCCAAGUCCUCAAAGAUGACCAGUGGUUUAAAGUUCCAAUCAUCCCUGAUGCUCUCGUGAUUAAUGUUGGUGAUCAAAUAGAGAUACUGAGCAAUGGAAUUUUCUGGAGCCCAGUACACAGGGCAGUGAUAGAUGCUGAAAAGGAAAGACUAACAGUGGCAAUGUUUUGCACCCCGGAUUCAGAAAAAGAGAUUAAACCGGUAGAUAAGCUAGUGAACGAGUCAAGGCCAGUGUUAUACAGACCCGUGAAAAACUAUCCUGAGAUCUAUAACCAGUAUUACCAGCAAGGGAUAAGACCAAUUGAAGCUUCAAAGAUUUAACUGCUCACCAAGCUUUAUGCUUCUCCGAAUUUAGCUAAACAAAAGAGAAUCAAAAUGUUAUAAAAUCUAUGGCAAUGGGUGCUACAAUUCACAUGAUGUCGUGUUAGUCUUGAUAGAUCGUUUAUUUUUUAAAAUGAUCUCAGCCUUGUGCAUUUUGGUUACGUUUGGAUUAAUCGGAAUGGAAUAAUUUGAUAUCUAGUUUCAUUAUAUAGCUAAUUUAAAAUAAGAUAAAAUGAAAGAUUUUUUUACCUUCUCCAACUUGAUGCAUGUAAUGAAAAUAUUUUUACU